UUAGAGACGCCAUUUUGGAAGCUUGUUUUUACUGCCGAGUAUAAAGCCUUUAUUAUGAGUCGGUUAGGAAGUGAAUCAACUAAAUAUAUUCUUUUGAAACAUAAGAUGUUUAAUUUGGAAAUGCAAUGCGAAGUUUUUCAAAGAGGUCAAAUAUUUGUCGAAGAUUUAGAUGUUCCUUAUUCACCAAGUGGUUUUAUAACUCUUAACGACAAAAGUCGUGGAGUAAAGUUUCAAUGUCCUGCUGAAGAUACUGCUAGACUAACAUAUGAAGAUGCUGAAAAUCUUAUGAGAAUAGUCUCCUUAGAGAACAGAUAUAAAGCUUUUAAAGAAGGAAGUCGUUUUAAAAACCUGGAAGCUGGAAGUAAAGUGUUUGUGGAGGUGAAUGGUAGAGAAUUCCCUGGAGUAGUUAAGGUCGUCUCACAAUCGUGUAUCUAUUCUGAGCCUAUGGUCGAGGUGGAGAUAGAGGAGUACAGCAGUAUCGUUAUGACUUCUGAAAGAACCAUGCUGCGCCAAUCUUCAAAUGGUAAUAUUGUUGUGAAUGUUUCGUUUGAUAAAUUGCGUUCUCGCUACGAAUCAAGAAGAAAUCCACCAGCAUGGGAAGAAAGGUUACUAGAAGCACUCGUGGAACAAAAAUAUAAUGCACAUUCCCUUGAAAAGCGUUUGAUAUCCUUAGAGGAAACACUCGCCGUACAACACCAAGCUUAUGAAAACGUGAGAGAAUGUCUUAGAGUCUUAACACAACUAGACCUUAAAGAGAAAGAGAAAGAUCUCGCCAACAGUGAACAGAUAUCAGAUGAAUUUGAAAAAGAAUUGACAAUAGAACAAAAGAUAAACAAAGAGCUGGAAUUAAAAUUAAAUGAGCUUCAAAGAAAAUUAGCAAGCGAACAAGAGGCCAAAAAAGAAGCCGAUCAUCGAUUUGAACUUAGUAAGCAGAGAGUACAAGAGCUUGAAGUCACUCUAGCUGAGGAGCGGCAUGGUCACGAACAAACCAAGAAAAAUGUAAAGGAAAGCAGCGAAAAAAUAGAUAAGCUUAAUAUAAACCUAACAUCUACUGUAAAGGCCCUUGAGGAGAAGGAAAAGCACCUCAUCAGAAUCAGACAGAUAUCAGCAGCCUUUGAAAAAAAACUGGUGACAGAACAGGAAACAGCAAAAGAGGUAGAAAAGCAUCACCAGAGAAACGAAGAUAAAUCAAAUGAGCUUCAAAGAAAAUUAGCUUAUGAACAGAAAGCUAGAGAAGAAGCAGACAAACGACUUGAAAUCUGCCAAAAAACAUCAAAAGAGCUUGAGACAACGCUUGCCGAAACACAAAAACUUGUAAAAAAAAGACAAGAACCUGACAACGAGUGCGAAUGGAUUUUGAAUCGAGAAGAGAUUCAAUUGACUGAAGAAAAACUCGGAAGCGGAACGUUUGGAACUGUGUGCAAAGGAAUUUUUCGUGGUACACCAGUUGCUGUAAAACAAGUCUCAGUAAAGCCAAGGAUUACAGAGUACAACAUAGAAAACUUUAGAAGGGAAAUGAAAAUGGCGUCCAGAUGUCGCCAUCCUUGCAUGUUACAGUUCAUUGGUGCAACAAGUGAUGAUCAAAGUCUAUUACUGCUGACUGAACUGUUGGACACUAGUUUAAAAGCUGUCUUACUUGAUCGUGCAUUAAACCUUGUUGAGAUUAUAACUAUUGCAAUGGAUGUUGCUAAAGGGUUAAACUACUUACAUCUCACCCGUCCACAUCCUAUUGUUCACCGUGACAUUAGUAGCGGCAACGUGUUGCUAUGGAAACAUGGUCAGUCAUGGCGAGGGAAGAUUUCAGACUAUGGAAAUGCUGUGCUGAUGAACUAUGCCAAGACAGGCAGUGGGGGUGCUAUUUCGUACUUGGCGCCUGAAAUGAACAACAAAAGAUUUUCACCAAAGAGUGAUGUGUACAGCUUUGGUGUUCUUCUGCUGGAAAUGUGCCUCAGAGAAGAGCCAUCAUGUCUUGAUGAUAGAGAUGAGCUUAUUUGCUUGGUAGAGGAUGGAGAACUGAGGUCCCUGAUACGAAGUUGUCUUCAACAGGAACCAACACAACGCCCAUCCAUGGAUAAAGUCUUAGAUGUAUUAACUGACCAAUUAAGUAAUUAUUAUAUAACAUUUAUUUUCCUCUGUUUUUAUUGCUACGCGAUGGUCGAGGCAAACGUCGGUACUGUAAACUAGGCAAUAGGUUACCGUCAACUAAAUAAUUCCUUCCCAUUUACCAUUCCACUUUCCACUAAAUGCACGUUUACUCUAACCGGCAGUAUUUUAAAUGACAGUAGCCUAUUACCUGUUUACCUUUUUUAUUUCGAUAAGUGCGCAGCAAUGCAAACAGUGGUAAUUACAUUUCUAAUGACAUCGACCUCCAAAAUAGAACAUACUGUUAUUUGACAAAACCAAAUUGAAGACUCAAAACCCAGCCAGAACUUUGAAACUUUUGCAAAUAAUCAAGGCGCAAUUACAAGAAGCAAUUUUCUCUGCAACUGGAACAUUGCAUCGUGUACACUAUAGCCUACAGCGUAAUUUGAAAAGAUCAGUUGCGAGACAAGUUGCAUCAACCGUUGCCAAAUGUAGAAUUCGUUUCAACUUUUGGCAACGAUUUGUCUCCGUUGCACCGUGUAAACACUCUUGCAACUUGUGUCGCAACGCCGUUGCGAGACAAGUUGGUGAGAAAAUCGGUGCGUGUAAUCGCGCCCAUAUAUAACUAUCAAAAAUUCCGAGAAAACAAACAGUUUUAAAAAGUUUCCAAGACUUGGUAUCCAUGACUCUCGUUUUGUAAAUACAAACAUCGUUGUGCCUGCGUAGCGGCGCUUUGGGGGAAGAGGGCGAGGAAAGAAAGACUGUCUAAGUUUAACUCCAGACGAAAGACUCAUUCUGAGAAAGCGAAAUCAUAAAUCAUUGGCCAAGAUGGGGGAGAAAUGAGGCAACAGGCUUUCAUAUCCCCCACUCAUUACCGCACCUCCCACAAACAACUGCAACAACUGCGUGUAUGACUGAGAAAAUAGGGGAACUUGAAAUUUUAGUGACCCUGCAAAGUGAGGUCUUGAAAUAAUUGAUGAGUUAUAUGUAGUUAGAGGGGACCCCAAAAACCAGUGGGCAUACUAUAAUUAGAGUUUCGUGCGCAUAACCGACCUCCCCGACCAUCCCUUCCCCCCACYCCAAAGUUUAGAUACUUGUUGCAAACUACUAAUUGAAAUCACAAAAAUAAUUCCUAGCUUACAAUCCACAAUUAGUUUCGCUCUCAGACAACGUUUUUUUAAAUAGGUAUACAUUGUUUAACAAAGUAAAGAUAGGAAAAAUAAUAUMUUUCUUGCACACACCCCAAACCCCCCUCYGAUAAAUAAUGAAGGGUUCSUAAGAACCARCAAAACGAUGAUAAUAAGRGGUYGUGGUUGGGUUUAACGCGACUAACUGAAACAUGGAUAGCCUAAAAACUACUAAUUAUAACAAACAAACGGGUACCCCCAUACACAACCCCUAACAAGGAUGUAGCGGUAAGCUACUAUGGGCUUCCUGUGGUUUGUAAAGCCCAGCUCUAAUAAGAUAAAUUUCUAACAUACAUUCUUUAAAGUCCUCAAUAAUAUUAAACAGCAAUUUGUCCAUGACAUGAAACUGAGAUCAUGUGCUACUUAAAGUGCCGAAUACUGACAAAGAAUUCAGCGCUUGGUUUUAUUCGAGUCAUGUCUGGCAUAAAGGUAUACAUUGUUAA